AUGCCUAAAAUUUCUUCAUUAAAAUAUUAUGCAGUUGCUAAAGGAGAAAAAACAGAAAUUUUUACAUCAUGGAAAGAAUGUAAAGAAUAUGUAAAUGACAUUAAAGAUAAACUAAAUGUUUGGACAGAUGGUUAUUGUAAAAGAAAUGGAUUAUCAGAUGCUAUUGGAGGCAUUGGAGUAUUUUUUGGAGACAAAGAUUUCAGAAAUUUAUCUGAACGUUUACCUGGUGAACAACAAACUAACAAUUAUGCAGAGAUUUAUGCUGCAAUUAGAGCUCUUGAAAUAUGUGACAAAAAUGAAAAUUUAAUCAUUAAUACAGAUAGUAUUUAUGUUAUUAAUUCUCAUAAUAUUAAAAAACCUAAAAAAAUUUUUGAUUUAGUUAACAAAUUUAAUGAUUUGAUUAAGAAACGUAAAGGAAAAACUUAUUUAAAGCAUGUAAAAGGACAUAGUAAUAUUUAUGAGAAUGAACAAACAGACAGACUCACAUAUUUAGGUUCAAAAAAUCCAGAUGUUGAAUUGAUUUUACCUGAACGCAAAAAUACUAUCAAAGAUUAUUUCAAAUAA